UGCGUGAUGAUGUUUGAAGUGACGACACCACGAAACCAUGGGACAAAAGAUUACUGAAGCAGAUAGAUAUCAGGCUGGAAGCAACAUCCAUCCGACCUCCGGUGUUCGUCCAAGCUGUGGUGAUAAAAUCCGUCUUUGAAAUGCUUCAGUUCAGCGUCAGGUUGUGCGGUGUCUCCACUGUCGUCUCGCUGCUUCUUGCGGGGCUGGCGGCUGGGUCUUCUGAUCUAUUUGACAACCAACUAGGCGACAUCAAUUACUGCAAAAAGCAAUGCCAGAUCACCAUCAAAAACAAAAGUCCAGCUAAAGACUCCAUACUGAAUGCAUGUCACCGUGGUUGCCGUCUCUACUCCAUCUGUCAGUUUGUCAAUGGCAAUGCUGGCUUCAACACCAGCCGAGAGGAGUGUGAAGGAGCCUGCCAGGAAGCUUACAGCAAGUUGCUGGAACAGGAGGCAUGCAGUACUGGUUGUACCAGCCAGCCCUCUGAACCAGAGAUCAAGAGGAGGAAGCUGAAGGCCAUGGCGCACCGUCCCAAGCCCCCCUCUGUGAUGGAGACUGUGUCCAGCUGGUGUAACGACAUUGUCAGCUCUGCUCAGAGCUUCAUCUCCUCCACCUGGACUUUCUACCUGCAGGCUGACGACGGCAAGGUGGUCGUCUUCCAGAGCCAGCCGGAGAUGGAGUACACUCUGCCGGAGCUGCAGGCUCCCCGCUCCAGUGUGGCAGACACGCCGUGGCCUCAGGUCCACUCCCACACACAGAGACCCCACGGAGUUAAAGGGCAUGGGGAGAAGGGAGUAGCCAGGGGAGGAGGAAAAGGGAAGCACCCAGCGGUCCAGCAGCAUGCAGAGGACACCAGCGCUGAGCAUGACUUCCUGGGCUGCAUGUCAAGGCGCUCCGGGCUGCCGCGCUGGAUCCUAGCCGCCUGCCUCUUCCUGUCCAUCAUGGUGAUGCUGUGGCUGAGCUGUGCCAGCCUGGUUACAGCACCAGAGCAGCACAUCAAAACACAGCUGAGUAUCAACGGAGACAAGGAGUUUCUAGAUGACGUCCAGAAAGUUAGCCCCUACCACCUUAGUCCCGUGAUCGCUGUAGCCAUCGACCAACCAGAGGAAAGCGAGGAGGCGGGACCAGUGCCAGUCAAGGUUGACCUAAACAAGACUUCUCUCUAAGGGGACCAAUGUGAUUGGUCCUCUAGUGUCUUGGUUAACAUUAUCGUAAAAUGCUCCCUCAGAGAAAAAGGGUGGUGGGGCAGAAACACAAAUAUUGUUUUUCUUUUAUAAAUGCAUGGCCCCAUCUCUUCAGUGUUGUUUUCUCUAGUGAGUCUGCCCAUCCGAUAGCUUGUUAUGUUUGUCACUGUGUAGAAUACUCUUUUUCAAGAUUCAUACUGUCCAUUGGUAGAUCUCACUAAGAGCUUGAAGAUCAGUUUGUCACCACCUUCUUCUACAUAUCGUUUUAUAUAUGACAGUGCAAUUGCUUAAGGCUUCCUUAAUAGACAGUGUAACUAUAUUAAAUGUAACUACUUUGAUCCGCCUAUGAGAAAGUCAAGGAGAAAAGGUGAAUGUAAGCUUAACGCUUUUCUGGCUUUUGAUGUCAAGGGGGGAAAGGAAAGGACAAGGACUAGAAUUCAGAUUGAAGGUGAAUUACAAUUUUCCUCAUGCUCUUACAUUUUUUUGGAAUUAAUUGGUGACUUGCAAAGAGAAAAGGUAUUGAGAUGUUCAAAAUGCUUUGAAAGCUACAGUACAUUGUGAACACUGCAGGGGACAAUAGCUACCAGUGUUCACCUUUGAUGCUCUGCUUGAUCAUCACUAACGUGAAAUAUGAGAAGCAAAUAACACCUAAGAGAAGGAAAUAAAUUGUAUUUAUAAUUUUCCUCACACAAUGCAUGAAAGGGAAUUCAGAGAUCAGAUGUAAUACUCAUAUCAUUGAAUUUGACAUUUGGCAGAAAAAGGAUAUGAGCUAAAAUGAUAUUUGGCACAGCCUCCGCUAAGUGUGUGUGUCUGUGUGUGUGUGUGUGUGUGUGUGGUGUGUGUGUGUGUGUGUGUGUGUGUGUGUGUGUGUGUGUGUGUGUGUGUGUGUGUGUGUGUGUGUGUGUGUGUGUGUGUGUGUGUGAGGAAAAUCACAGUAAUUGGUGCUGAAUUAAACUGGAAGUGAACCACCCAAUCAUUGUGUGUAUUUACGUAUGCCUUUUUGUAUUUAUUCAGAAUCAAUAAAUGUAAAUGCUCAUCUAUCCAAAUCUAUCAUAGUGCAACGACUGUAAUAUGACAUUGUACCCCUUUUAUUAUUACUAAAUAUCCUCAAGGAUUAGACCUAUAAGCUCUUACGCUUUUACAUGUGCCAAUGCGCUUUAUAAUAGUAGACUGUUUUGUACAAGCACAUAGCAAAGGGAUGACCAAUGUGAUACACAAUGCAAGGCUUUUAGAAUAGACCUUUGUUAUGAACUUAAAUAAUCAAUGAGAUUUCAGUCCUCUCCUCAGUGCUGUUGAUGUCCAGUAAAGCUACUGUACCUUUUCAUUUUGCUUGGUCACUGUGCAUGCUAGUAUGCUACAACACAGUAAAUAAAGCCACUCAUUUCAAUAUGGCAGGAAACUAAUGUAGACUUAUGAUUUUUUUGGUUUCUGUUAAAUGUUGAAUAGGAUGUUAUGUUAUCAUUAUAAGCUCAUGAUUUAAGGAAAGAGGCAGUAUGGACUUACUGUGCAUAUAUAAGCCAUUCAAAAUCCAUCCUGUGUCUAGUGAAGGUUACACCUUAACGAUUGGAGUUUCAAACUGUAACAUUUUAAUUUAUUCGUUUUUAAUUAAAGACAUGACAUGAUGAAUAAAGUGUUUUCAUGUUAAACAAGG